UGCUUUUUUGUGUCGUACGGUGAGGUUGGGGGUUACUUUUGCGUUACGCGGUUGCUGGGCUGAUGCGAUCCCGAAUCCCAUGGGAAUGUUGGCGGUGAUCAUAACCGGUACCGUGGGUGAUCAUCAAUCGAUAGCAAGUGUGUUUUGUGUAUUAAUCAGGUGAAAAUAAGUGAUAUACAUAACCUCCCCACACGCGAUAUAACAGGUGAACAAGGGAGUGGUGGUGUACUAGCUGGUAAGGUGUAUGUGUGUCAGUGGCGAGCUGUGAAUCAGUGCUAAACCAUGAAAAGUCACAGUCGUGCGCGGACUGUGAAACGAUGGAAAAAUCGUCUAAAAUAUCAAUCGAUGGAGGUGUUCCAGGUGCUUACAGUGUUGUUGGUGCUGCUGGCAGGCGUUACUGUGCCGGGCAUGUGUCAGGAAGAGGAUGUGGAUGUGUUUGGCGAUCAACUUCACCAUCCGGAUCGUGAUGUUGAGCAUGUGCCGGUACCGAGCAGUAAAGAAAUCAUUACCAACCACAUCGUACCGGACCACGGCGAUGUGGAAGGUGUUGCCGGUGAAUCACAUUACAAGGAGGGUGAGCAAGAUGGUGGCGGCGCACGGUACACCGAGAUUGGUGGUGAUGUAGUGCUGGGCGAGAAGGUUCUCCGUGCGUCCGAGAGUCCUUACUCGAUGCGCACGGACCUGGAGGUUGAACGGAGGGCGCGACUCAUCAUCGAGCCCGGCGUAACGAUCCACUUCGCGCCGAUGGUUGGCAUUACGGUGCGCGGUUCAGUAGUGGCAAUGGGAAAUGCUGAAAACAAAAUUACACUCACCACAAUGCCCGAUACGGGGUAUAAGGAUGUUCCAUCCGAUCCACGUGAAGCCGGCGCAAGAUUGGUGGAUGGUCCAAACCCCCUCGCAGGACGACUGCAACUACUGAACAACGGCAAAUGGCGAUCUGUUUGUUCCAACUCGAAGAACUGGACCAUUGCAGACUACGAAACCACCUGCCGACAAAUGGGGUUUAAGGGUGGUCGCUUCUGGAACUGGAUGGAUAGGAUCUCCAACUAUGAACCGAGGCUACUGUACGAAGAGCCACGCUGUCUCGGUACCGAGGGUUCACUGUUUGACUGUGCCUGGAACUCGAAGCAGGUCGGUUCGGGUGUGUGUGACUACCACAGUGACAUCGGUAUCCAGUGUUUGCCACUGUUUGACCAGGUGACGCCCCAUUGGCGUGGACUAAAGUUCGAGAAUGCCGAAAGCAAGGAGACACUGUCGUACAAUCAUGUACUGUACGAUUCCAUCUCGCUCUCCCAGCUGCGGCACGUUGACAUCAUGCGUGCCGGUACGGGUCGUGGCGGAUCAGCAGAAGCUGCCAUCAGUGUGCUGGGUGUACCACCGGUGCUGGAAUUUGUAACGAUCGACCAUUCGUCGUACACGGGCAUUAAUGUGACGAAACACGACGCUGCAUUUAGCUUCCGCAAUGUAACGGUGCGUCGUAGCCGAGGGUUCGGUAUCUUCAUGAACUCGAGCUACGGAUCGGCCCAUCUGGAGGGUGUAACGGUGAGCGAAAAUGGAGCCGAUGGUAUUCGCUAUGUCGGGCAUGAUUUGCGCGCCGACGAACGAACGGACCGUAGCAAGGUGUUCGAUUUCUGCACACUUACCUCAACGGCGUGGCAAAUCUAUCCGUUGCAGCUAUCGUUCGAACAGUCACCCUUUGCACUCUCACCGAAGGAAUGUGCUCGAUCGUUUGAGACGGCUUUCGGGUAUGUGCUGACGAUGCAUUUCGUGUACUUUGAGCUGGCAAGAAACGAAUCGGCACAAAUCUCCGUAUACGACGGGAUGUCGGAGAACGAUCGAUUGCUGGCAUCGUGGGAUGUACGAAACUCGACCCGGCCACAGAGUGUGACAAGCACCAGGGAAAAGCUAUUCAUCAAGCUACGAGCUGAUGCAAGAUCGGCCGUACUGGCACAUUUCCGAGUGACUUCCGGUGUGACCAAGGCGUACGAUCUGAAUGUAACGCAGGGAAUGAUUGUUGAUAAUGGAGGUCGUGGAAUUGCCGUAGAUAAUUUAAGAUCCCAGGUGCACGUGCACGAAACCACAAUCAGAAACAAUCGGCAUGCGGCAGGAUUGCACGUUACUAGUGGUGCCGGUGACGUUAAUGUAACGCACUCUACGAUCAACUAUAACCAGGGCGACGGCAUUAAUAUAACGUAUUACGGUGGCAACAGGAACGUUUCACGCAGUUCUAUUGAAGCGAACCGUGGAUAUGGGUUUGCCAUUUGGUUGAAUCAAUCAACAACCGAACGGCGGGAGUAUUUGGAGUUUAACCAAACCACCACCAUAGAGUACUCGACGAUCGGACGCAAUCUCGAGAUAGGAGUGUUGCAUGGCAAUUACUGUGGCGACUCUUGGGUAAACGUUACCGGUAAUUUGUUCAACGAUAGUACGAGCGAUGCAGUCGACAUUCAAUCGUGUUGGUUUGAAACAAUAGACCACAACCGGACGCGACUUCAGAUCGGGCACAACAACUUUGACCAUUCCCACCGAAUAGCGAUCGUGCUUAAUCCGAUCCUAAACCUUGAAGGUAGAAUAGAAUACAAUCAUUUUACUCGUGGUCGUUACGGUGCGCUUCUGACACGCAACAAACCUUUGGAAGAAUUUCGCCCAUUGCCGGUGCGAUUGAUCGUACAGCACAAUCACUUCAUGAACAACGAGGGUAUCUACGUUGCAUCGUUGGGCCUUUCGCCCAACACCGAUAGCAAGACGCAGUGGAUGCUAUUUACGCGCAACUUUGUCAAAGGAAACCGUGUGAAGGAAGCAUUCGGACCGUUGGAGGAUGAAGGCGAAGGACUAGGUGGUGAGGGUCGUUUGAAUCCUCGAUCGCGCGUUGCUGCACCAGUGGUAAUCUCUUCGAACAAUGUAGACGUCUUCCGGAACAUCAUCUCGAACCAGGAGUCACGGUAUGAGGUUGGUUCGCAGCUGUCCGAUCAGAGCAAAGCUCUGAAUGUAACGUACAACUGGUUGGGUAAUCAGGACGAGGAGAAGAUUUACGAUCGCCUAUUUCAUCGAAAGGAUCGGUACGACCUGGCAAAGAUUGAGUACUUCCCGUAUCUGUUGCAUCACUCCAAUCCAGGCACACAGACAAUCGCACAGUAUCAGAAAUUUGUUCCAUUUUUCCACAAAGAGGGCAGUGAGCGAAUAGGUGGAGAAGUAGACGGGCAGGAAAUACUACCCGCCGGAAGCUAUACCGUAGAACGUGACAUUAACGUGCGUCCUGGUGGCAAGCUGAUACUAAACUCGGGGGUGAUCCUUAACUUUGCACCAAGCGUAGGCAUGAUGGUGACAGGGAAGCUGGAGGCAAGAGGCCGUGCUCCGGAUGAUAUUAUGUUCACGCUGAAACGAGAAGCUGUCAUGCUGGAAAACGAUACGACCGAAGCUAUCGUUGACGAUCAAGAAUUCGCUAUGGAUAUCGAGACGGAAUCGAUCGUUGAAAAGGUUCCACACGAACCACAAACGCCUAAAGUGCCGGUUCGACUUGUUGGUGGUGCAAACGAUCACGAAGGUCGUCUGCAGGUGUACACGGAGGGCGUAUGGGGGACGGUGUGUGACUAUGGCUGGACCAUCACGAAUGCGGCACUCGUUUGCCAUCAGCUCGGAUUGGCAUUGAAUCCGAUGGAUUGGCGAUUGCAGCGUUCCGAGGUUCCCGGAGCUGGCACAGCGGAGGACGUACUUCUGUCGAAUGUUCGCUGUACCGAGCACGAUAUUGACAUUACCAAGUGUCGUGCGGAACGUGCCUCGCAGGGUGACUUUGAGAACUCUUGCGGGCAUGAAAAUGACGUUGGUGUACGGUGCUACGAAGGUGCUUGGGCUGGUCUUCGGUUCGGUGUGCUAGCGGAACGAGCGGACCUACAGUAUGUUACCAUCGAGAAGGCUGGUUUAUUUGAUUAUGUGACCAAUACUUUCAAGCCUGCGCUACAGAUGGAUCUAGCCCGCCAUAAUCUGGACAGUGUGCGAGUGGUGCAGAAUCUUCAGGAUGGUUUGGGAAUAAUCUACUCCGACAUUUACGCCGGAUCGUCGGUGAACAAUGUUAAAAAUUCGGAGUUUUCCGCCAACCGUGGAAAUGGCAUAAGUAUUAAACAGCUCGGUUUGAAGGUACAGGGCAGCAUCAUUAAGGAUAACCGAGGGUCGGGCAUCAAUCACGAUCAAGUAGUUUCAUCCCUUGAACAACGCGAAAUUACCAGCUGGUUCAACAUGGUGCCGGACUUCAAUGUGGACGAUUCGGACUACCGACCGAUAUUGGUACCGGAGAGUACUACCACCAACAUCGACAUUGACCAGUGGCAAAUUAAACACAUCAUCACGACACCCGUGCGAAACGAUCCGAUCGAGCGAAGGAUCAUCAUCCAGUGCCAACCGGGUUAUGUGAUCGGAAUACAACUGCUGAAUCCGAUCGAGAAUCGUUCGACUGAAAACAUCUGGAUACACGAUUCGCUUACGGGAAGUACUGAGUCGGACAUCUGGCAGGUUAAGCGUGAUCUGUCGGUAUUUCCUUUAACUACCAGCAGCUAUGGUGCCAUCUUGCAGUAUCGUAGCGGGACAGAUGCACUCGGUGGGGCAGUACUGGUGCUUCGAUCCAUUCAGGCACCGAUACAGAAUAUUUACAACCGUAUUGUACGCGGUCCUGUACCGACACUGCAGAUAACGUCCACCAAGAUUCAACGUAACUUCCGAGGUAUUACGGGCACUUAUUACAACCGAUAUCUGGGUGAGUCAGGUGAGCUGUAUCUGCGGAAGGCGAACGAAUCGAUCAAGCUGGUCAACUGUGAGAUAAGCCAUAAUCGCGAAGAAGCCGUCUUUGUUCAUUCGCCGUUCUGGGACGUGCACGUGAGCAACAUCUCCGAGAUCACGAUACACAUCAACAACAGCAUGGUUCGGGACAAUGGUCGUGGUAUCAGACAAUUCUCGAAGGAUUUACGCUCGUCCAACAAUCUGUUCCACUAUGUACUUCAGGACACAACGGUGGAGAGCAAUUCGUACGGUGGGUUAGAGUUGAGCCUUCCAUACGUUUGGCAGUACAACGAAAACUUCACACACUCCGUCUUUCUUGGGAAUGAUACGUGGGCUAGGAAUCGUAAGUUUGGUAUCCUGAUCGAUGGACAUUACGCAGCCAUAAAUAUCUCAUCGAACAUCUUCACUGAGAACGUGUGUGCGCAGGGUGUGAUCGGAUUCCGGGGCAUGGAGAAAAAGAUGCGGAUCGAUAACAAUCGCAUCACGCGAAACUAUGGUAGCUACAUGAUUGAGUUCCGUUCGGACAGUCAGAGCGAGAUACUGGGUGAGAUACCGGCACUGCUCGCUUUCAACCAGAUCGAGAGCAAUGAGGAGCUGAAGGAUUCGCGAUCUUCAAUGAGGAAUUUUAUCCGCGGUGAACGUAACAACGCAAACGAUCCGACCUGUGUGAUUGGAUUCGGUGGUGUGCAGAAGGUACAAAUCUAUCGUAACGUCAUCUCGAACAAUCAGCAGGAUUAUGAUUUGAUUGCGGGCGUGAAAUCGGCACGGCUGCGGAACUAUCUGGAUGCGCGCGAAAAUUGGUGGGGAAGCAGCGAUGAGUUACACAUUCGGAAGAGGAUUUUCGAUUUUGAUGAUUGGAACAAUCACGCAGAGGCACUCUACAGGCCAUACCUGAUUGAGGACAUCGUUGAUGGGAGUGUAUCUGUGAGUGAAGGACCAAGCCCACCGGUCGAUUUGAAUGCACUGGGUGGACGUAUUCUGGAGGAUUUGUCUAUCUACCGGCGGGAGCUACCGUACGUCAUACGGUCCGACAUUACCGUCAUGCCUGGCGUAACACUAAGUAUCUUCCCCGGUGUGGUGAUGGAGUUUGCCCCGAAUGUGGGUAUUUUGGUGCUGGGUACGCUAGUAGCCCGUGGAACCAGUGACGCCGAAGUUAUCAUGAAACCGAUCGAAAGUGCCUCGGAAGGCCUGUAUCGGGUAGAACGAUCGCUCGAGAGCAUGGUCAACUAUGAUUCUAUCCGGCUCUGCACCAACCGAAACUGUUCGCAGGGUGAAGGAGAAAGUGAACGGGCGAAGGAAGGUUUUCUCGAGUACUACAACCACACAACGCUGCAGUGGAUACCGAUUUGCGAUCGACGGUUUACCGAGCGAAAUGCUCAGGUUGUUUGUCGCGAGCUAGGGUACGAUCCGUUGGAUGUGUUCUUUGAUCAUGAUAGGCGAAUCGAGUUCCAUACAAACUCUUUGACACGGAUCUGGUCAUGGGUUGAACCGAUGGAGUGCCAUGGUGAUGAGUUGCGGCUAGAGGAAUGUCCUGAGCGCUUGAAUGGACAACUGUACGGAAGACGGCACGAGUGUCAAUGGGAUUCGGAGUUUGUGUUCAUCAGCUGUAAUGGAGAGCCGGAGCGGCGCAACUACUGGGGUGGAGUACGGUUUGCGAAUCAAGAUUUUGAAGCUAGCUUGUACGAACAUCGUUUACACGACACGCUUGCACAUACUACGGCGACUCCAGAGGAAAGUGUAAUGGAUUUUGUUCGCAUCCAUCGUGCCGGAAUGUUACACGGUGAGAAAUCACCCGCGAUUCAGACGAUUGCCAAGAAUCCCAGUAUCAGUUCGGUGUCCAUAAGGGAUAGUGCGCAUCACGGUGUGAAUUUAAUCUCACCAACGAACGCGAUACACCUCAAUCAUCUGCAGAUCUUGCGCAGUCUUGGACAGGGUAUUAACGCCAUUUCGCUGACGGGUGAAGGACGAGAGAGCGAUGAAUCGAGCUACAGUCCAUUGAAGGACCUCGACUUGCCGUACAAUCUAUUCUCGCUGGUUGAUAUCUGCGAUACAAACAAGGAAAUCACGCUGGAGGAGCGUGUUCUGGUAUACUACAAGUACGACAAUAAUCCGGUCAACUGUGUUAAAAUUUUCAAGAGUGCUUACCGAGUAAAACCGCUCGGAUUUCGCUUGCUACAGUCGAAUCUUUUUAACCACUCGAAGGAGUACGGGCGGCGGGACAUGAUUCAGCUGAUGGAUGGUGAUAUCUACAACGUGUCUGCUCGUAUCAUCGGUACGGUCGAUGCAGAUUCCGACAACCAGAAGCGACUGUUCCGAACGAGAGAACCAGCGCUUAGCGUGCGGCUAAUCGCAAGUGGAGCACCUGCAAGACAUGGCUUCAUCGCGGAAGUGGUGACGCUACCGAUUUCGGCAAUUGGAUUUAAUCGUGAUGCCCAACACAACAUUUCCAACUCGGAAAUACAGGGAUGCGUCGGUGGUGCCCUCCAGUACACUUCCGUCGGUGAAGUGUCCCCGAUACUCACACUGGAAAGAAAUCGAAUCAUGAACAAUUGUCGGCAGCUGUAUGGAAAUUUCUCUUCUUGCGAGUCUGCGAUCAGAAUCGAUGUACAGAACAUGCAGUCGUUACAUUUUAGGAAUAAUCUAAUCCAAUCGAAUCAAGGUGGUAUUUCGAUUCGGGCGGACUCUCGCGGUUCUGCCACUUCAUUACGGGGCUGGAUCCAUCAUAAUCUCUUCACUCGCAACCGAAACCGACCCGCAAUCUACGUCGAUGGGCGACAAUCUUCACCAUAUCAGGAGGUGAUCAUACACAACAACUACAUCACCCAAAACGAUGCCACAUUCCGUGAUGUGGUAGUGUUGCGGCAGGUCGUUUCAAACUUUACCUACAACUAUGUGCACCGGAACAAAGGUCUACGAAUAGUGCAGGUGUCUGGAUUCGAUCGAGUGAGGCUUCCAAUAUAUCAAACAACAACACACAACGGAUUUUACGACAACGUGGCCACCGAUUGGGAAGGACGGGCAACUAUUGUUGCGGGAACGGCUGGACAGCGAUAUGUGGAUAACAUUUUUGCCAAUCCGGACAAUGACUACGAAAUCAUUACAGUCAACCGAUCGAUAUUUGAUUUCCAGUACUGGAAUAGCACACUGGACGUGUGGAAAACAAAAAUUGAUGCCCGCUAUAACUACUGGAGUUACAACGAAACGCUAGCGGUUAGCUCACGUAUACGGGACCGGUACGACGAUAAUCAGCUGCUGGAAGUAUCCUAUUUACCGCUGCAUAUGAACAACCUAACGGUGCUGGACGGUAAGUGUCCACCGGGAUGGACGCUGCUGAUCGAUACCUGCUAUAUGUACGUCGGAGCACCGAUGAGUUUCCGAGAGGCACGCGACUUUUGCCGUUCGGAUAAUGCUUCGCUGCCCUUCAUCCAUGGGGAUUCGAAUGCGCUGUGGAUGUUUAUUGAGCAGCAGUCACGCUAUCUGAGGAAUUACGAGCGUGUUUGGGUACAGGAUGCCAACUAUAUCGACCGAUGUACGUCCUUCUUGUAUCAGAAUGUCGAGGUGGAAGAAUGUCACAAUCGACAUGCAUUCCUGUGUGAAAUUGAUCCUAAGGUCGAAAUUGAUCCUCUUCACUGGACAGCAAGUAUAGAAGUGAUCGGCAUCAUCGUUGCAUUAGCAUUGGUCAUAGUGCUGAUUUGCGUAGUGUGCGCUUGCUGGUGCCAAAAGUCACGCUAUCGACACGCGCAACGAUUACAACGACGCAACAGCAUCCGUCAGAGUAUGCGCAGCCUUAACAGUAUUGAUCCUCAGGGAUCGCUUCGAAGAAGAAAUUAUGCGAUGUCCCGUUCGACGGACACUCUACGAACAGCUACAACGAACGACUACAAACGAAUGGCAUCGAAUGGUUCGAUCGAGUCCGUGGACAAGAGUGUCCUCAGUACCGAAACUAGUUACGAUGUUUACGACCAGAAACAGAAGCAACAGUACAGCAACGAGUACGCCGAACAGCUAAAGAGUCAGCUCGGUUACAGCGAAAGCAAUGGCGCACCCUCGGAGUAUAUUCCGAACGCCAACAACGGUAUCAGUCCGGCAAAGACAAAAGUGUACGGUUUGCCGGAAUACAGCAGCAAUGGUGGAAGCAUCGCGUUUGAACUAGCAUACCGUAAUGAAGGUUUCCGGGACACAUCGACCACCUAUUCGGGUGUGACCCGCAAUAACUCGCUAAGCACUGCCAUCAACGAGGAAUCGCCAAUCAUUCAUGCACCAGGCGGUGGUGAGGAAGAAAUCGAAGAAACUGGCUCCGAUUACUAUGGCAAUUCGAGUACACUUCCGAUGCGUGUACAGGAUAAACUUUCGUUCCUGCACGAGCUCAAACAACAUCUGCCCGAGUAUGAACCACCGACAACUUCGGUCAGUCACAGCAGCUUCCAACCGGCUCGAAACUCGCAAACCGAAUCCUUGUCGAGCGUGCCCGGUACUACAUCGUACGCUUCACCGAGAAGUCCACCGACAAGACCGGCUCCACCAGUUAUUCCACCACCAGUCGGUCACGUAUACCAACAGCCCUCGAUACAGGUACGUCGGCCGGCACCACCCGAACCGGAACCAAUGCGUCGUCCCGAUUCCUACAUGAAGGCUGUGAAAAAGUACGCUACCCCGGGACGGGAACGAGACUCCAUACUGCCACCGCCACGGUCCGACAGCCAACGGCCUAAAACGUUGUACGAAUCGUCCGGUGAGCAGCAGCAGCCGGCCGUCUCACCCAUCAUGGAUCACUCGCCGACGAUGCCGUCCGGUACGAGGGCGAAUUAUGCGCGCUCCAAGUCGGAAGCGUUGCUGGAAACGAAUUUCGAUGGUACGGGCGCACCACCACCGAUGCUAAGCGCUGACAGCCGCAGUUACUCGCAACCACUCGAAACUGCAAUGUGAGAUAAGUUUUACGUUAAGUGUUAAUUAGCG